AUGAAGGGCCGGACCAAGCUGUCAUCCAUGUGUCUCUGUGUGAAAUAUCGCUACCAAGAUGAGGACAGCCCGCCCCUGGAGCAGAGCCCGGCGCAUCUCCCCAACCAGGUAAAGGCCCCCGAGCUCGUCCACGUCUCGGAGAAGAACUUGUCCCAGAUCGAGAACGUCCACGGCUACGUGGCCCACUCCCACGUCUCCCCCAUGAAGGCGAAUUCUCCGCCCGUCAUCGUCAAUACGGACACGCUGGAGGCGCCGGCGUAUGUGAACGGGACGGAGGGGGAGAUGGAGUACGAAGAAAUCACGUUAGAACGGGGUAACUCCGGGCUGGGGUUCAGCAUUGCCGGGGGGACGGACAACCCCCACAUUGGGGACGACCCCAGCAUCUUCAUCACGAAAAUCAUCCCUGGGGGGGCAGCGGCUCAGGACGGCCGCCUCAGGGUGAACGACAGCAUCCUGUUUGUGAACGACGUGGACGUGCGAGAGGUGACGCACAGCACGGCGGUGGAGGCGCUGAAGGAAGCCGGCUCCAUCGUCCGGCUCUACGUCAUGCGGCGUAAGGCCCUGGCCGAGAAGGUCAUGGAGGUGAAGCUCAUCAAAGGGCCCAAAGGUUUGGGGUUCAGCAUCGCGGGGGGCGUCGGGAACCAGCACAUCCCGGGAGACAACAGCAUCUACGUCACCAAGAUCAUCGAGGGGGGGGCCGCCCACAAGGACGGGCGCCUCCACAUCGGGGACAAGAUCCUGGCGGUGAACAACGUCAGCCUGGAGGACGUGAUGCACGAGGACGCCGUGGCCGCGCUGAAGAACACGUACGACGUCGUCUACCUGAAGGUGGCGAAACCCACCAACCUGUACCUCAACGACUCCUACGCCCCGCCCGACAUCACCACCUCGUACUCCCAGCAUCUGGACAAUGAAAUCAGCCACCAGAGUUACCUGGGGACCGACUACCCACAAGCCAUGACCCCCACCUCCCCCCGGCGCUACUCCCCCAUCCCCAAGGAGAUGAUGGGGGAAGAGGACAUACCCAGGGAACCCCGCCGGAUCAUCAUCCACCGCGGCUCGACGGGCCUGGGAUUCAACAUCGUCGGGGGCGAGGAUGGCGAAGGAAUCUUCAUCUCCUUCAUCCUGGCCGGGGGGCCGGCUGACCUGAGUGGGGAGCUGCGGAAAGGGGACCAGAUCCUCUCGGUGAAUGGGGUGGAUCUCAGGAACGCAACCCACGAGCAGGCUGCCAUCGCUCUGAAAAAUGCUGGGCAGACGGUGACGAUCAUCGCACAGUAUAAACCUGAGGCGGACAGCCGCUUCGAGGCCAAACUCCACGACCUGCGGGAGCAGCUGAUGAACAGCAGCCUGGGCUCCGGGACGGCGUCGCUCCGCAGCAACCCCAAGCGGGGCUUUUAUAUCCGGGCGCUGUUCGACUACGACAAGACGAAGGACUGCGGGUUCCUGAGCCAGGCGCUGAGUUUCCGCUUCGGGGACGUGCUGCACGUGGUGGACGCCUCGGACGACGAGUGGUGGCAGGCGCGGCGGGUCCACCCCGACGGGGAGGGGGACGAGAUCGGCUUCGUGCCCAGCAAGAGACGGGUGGAGCGCCGGGAGUGGACGCGGUUAAAGGCCAAGGAUCGGGUGCCAGGAUCGGGCUCUCAAGGUCGGGAGGAUUCGGUGCUGAGCUACGAUGUGAUGCAGAUGGAAGUGCACUACGCUCGCCCCAUUAUCAUCCUGGGGCCCACGAAGGACCGAGCCAACGACGACCUGCUCUCCGAGUUCCCGGACAAGUUCGGCUCCUGCGUCCCCCACACCACGCGGCCGAAGCGGGAGUACGAGGUGGACGGGCGGGACUAUCACUUCGUGGCCUCGCGGGAGAAGAUGGAGAAGGACAUCCAGGGCCAUAAGUUCAUCGAGGCCGGACAGUACAACAGCCACCUGUGCGGGACCAGCGUCCAGUCCGUCGAGGUGGCCGAGCAGGGCAAGCACUGCAUCCUGGACGUCUCGGCCAACGCCGUGCGGCGGCUCCAGGCCGCCCAGCUCCACCCGAUCGCCAUCUUCAUCCGGCCCCGGUCCCUGGAGAACGUCCUAGAAAUCAGCAAGCGGAUAACGGAGGAGCAGGCGCGAAAAGCCUUCGACCGAGCCAUGAAACUGGAACAAGAAUUCACAGAGUGCUUCUCGGCCAUCGUGGAAGGCGAGAGUUUCGAGGAGAUCUACCACAAAAUCAAGCGGAUUAUCGAGGAACUUUCGGGGCCGUACAUCUGGAUCCCGGCCCGGGAGAGACUUUAGGGGGGGCGACCCCCCCCCCGCUCGGCGGGACCCACAAGCCCUUGGCCGCGGAACUGAGCCGUUCGUUUCGGGGAGGAGGUUUCGGGAAUCGGGGGGGGGGGGAUCCGGUCUAUUUCUU